AGGCGCUCGUGGGGACGGUGCCGCCCUCCGACCGCUCCCCUAGGCUUCUCUUCGGACCGUUAACCUCGAAUGAGGAACGAGCGGGGAGGAAAGGGCGGGGCUGCGGCGGCGCGGGCUCAGCCCGCCGGGCCCGGGGCCGGGGGCGGCGAGGUCACGUAACUGCAUCUCUGGCGUCUGGCCAGGGAGGGGGCGCCCUCCCUGGCAGCUCCAGCCGUCCUGCGCGCGCCGUGGCUCUGAAACAGUUACCGGCUCAUAAACAACAGCUGCGCGCGCACCCGCAUCAGCUGGCGCCGAGAUCCCGCACCUGCGACCUCCUCCUACUCACAUCCUCGCUGCUCUCUCCAGCUCAGCCAGGGCCAGCCUGAACUGAGGCCACCUCCUCUUCAUUUAGAACCCGAAGGAAGAACAGCGAGGGCUGACCUUGCGCCGGGGCUCUGGUAGGGAAGAGAGCUUCUUCGGCAAAGGGGUGGCUCGUCCUGUCACGCGCGAGAGAAACCGAGUGAGCCAGUCGGGGGCUCGAUGGACUGACUAGCAGCGACCUGCCUCGACCCUGAGCUGCAGUCCGCGGAGUCUCGAUCAACUAGCCGCCUCCUCCCAGAUCCUAGGGACCUUUCUGCCAGAAGAGCGGGCGAGCCACCCCCGCAGGCCUCUUGAAGGCAGAAAUCCGCUCUGCCCCUGCAGCCUCUGCUCACCGUUCUCUCAUUCUCCUCCAGCCGGAGUGUGCGAUUAUUUUUCCCGUUAUGCGUGCGCACCUCUCCCACCAGACCCAAGUGGAUUAUCGGCCUCAGAAACGUCGGGUGGCUCUACACACACCUCCUCCCAGCCAGACCUGUGGGGUAUUCACCUGAUACACAACAGGUGGCCGGGUAUUCACCGUUUCGCAAUCUGAUCUAUGCUGUAUUCGUCUGAUAACGGUGGGCUUGUGCGCACUUUGCUCAACUAACCGUGGGACAUUUACAGAUAAAAAAAAGGACUAACUACCUCGGCCGAAACCUUAGGGUCGAGGCGAGAAAGGCUUUGUCACCUGCUUUUCUGACCAUGGCCCUGAGCCCACAUCCCUGGACCAGAGGAGAUAACUAGGUAUCUCUUCAUUCUGAAGAAACGAAGUUACACGAGAUUGGCAUCGUUUUGUCUUUUUUUUUUUUUUUAAUAUUUUUCAACUGUUGGUAGUGCACUUUUUAGGACAGCUUGAAUUCUUGAGUAGAAGGAUUCUUAUAUGUAGUGGCUUUUCGUGUGGUGUAAAUCAAGGUAACUGAAGGUUGUUUUUCGUGUUUUUAGUUAUCUUUUCUAUUUUUGCAAUCAGAAGUAGCCUGCAAAGGAAGAAGGGGUUUUCUUUUUUCCUUGUCCUUAUAAAGAAAGAGAAAAAUAAAAAUGCAUCCUCCAGAAACCACCACCAAGAUGGCUUCAGUUCGGUUCAUGGUGACACCAACAAAGAUCGAUGACAUUCCAGGUUUGUCAGACACCAGUCCGGACCUCAGCUCUCGAUCCAGUUCCCGAGUAAGAUUUAGCUCCCGGGAAAGUGUGCCCGAAACCAGCCGUAGUGAGCCUAUGAGUGAGAUGUCUGGAGCCACCACUUCCCUGGCAACGGUUGCACUGGAUCCAGCCAGUGACCGGACAUCUAACCCCCAGGAUGUUACUGAGGACCCGAGUCAGAACUCCAUCACAGGGGAACACAGCCAGCUGUUAGAUGAUGGACAUAAGAAAGCGCGAAAUGCUUAUCUUAACAAUUCCAAUUAUGAAGAAGGAGAUGAAUAUUUUGAUAAGAAUUUGGCACUCUUUGAGGAAGAAAUGGACACCAGACCAAAGGUGUCUUCUCUCCUUAGCCGCUUGGCCAAUUAUACUAAUCUGACACAAGGAGCAAAGGAACAUGAAGAGGCAGAGAACAUCACUGAAGGGAAAAAGAAGCCCACCAAGACUCCCCAAAUGGGUACCUUCAUGGGUGUCUACCUCCCAUGUCUACAAAAUAUUUUUGGAGUGAUCCUGUUUCUGCGCCUCACAUGGGUGGUGGGCACAGCUGGAGUUCUGCAGGCCUUUGCAAUUGUCCUUAUCUGCUGCUGCUGUACGAUGUUGACUGCUAUCUCCAUGAGUGCCAUUGCCACUAAUGGAGUGGUGCCAGCUGGAGGCUCAUACUUCAUGAUUUCCCGAGCACUGGGCCCGGAGUUUGGUGGAGCUGUUGGCCUCUGCUUCUAUCUUGGUACCACAUUUGCAGCAGCUAUGUAUAUCCUUGGUGCCAUUGAAAUAUUUCUGGUAUAUAUCGUCCCUCGAGCCGCCAUCUUUCAUAGUGACGAUGCACUCAAGGAGUCAGCAGCCAUGCUAAAUAACAUGCGUGUCUAUGGGACAGCCUUCUUGGUCCUCAUGGUAUUGGUGGUAUUCAUCGGCGUACGCUAUGUGAACAAGUUUGCCUCACUCUUUCUGGCCUGUGUCAUUGUGUCCAUCUUGGCCAUCUACGCUGGAGCCAUCAAGUCUUCUUUCGCACCUCCACACUUCCCGGUCUGCAUGCUGGGCAACCGCACCCUUUCAUCAAGACAUAUUGAUGUUUGCUCAAAGACCAAGGAAGUUAACAACAUGACAGUGCCGUCAAAGCUGUGGGGCUUCUUCUGUAACUCAAGUCAGUUUUUCAACGCCACUUGCGAUGAGUACUUUGUUCACAAUAAUGUCACUUCGAUCCAGGGCAUCCCUGGAUUGGCUAGCGGUGUCAUUGCAGAGAAUCUUUGGAGUAAUUAUCUACCAAAGGGAGAGAUCAUUGAGAAGCCCUCAGCCAAAUCUUCUGAAGUCUUAGGCAGCUUAAACCAUGAGUAUGUCCUUGUGGACAUCACCACCUCUUUCACUCUUCUGGUGGGCAUCUUCUUUCCCUCUGUCACAGGCAUCAUGGCAGGAUCAAACAGAUCUGGGGAUCUGAAAGAUGCUCAAAAGUCCAUUCCCAUUGGCACUAUCCUUGCCAUCCUGACCACCUCCUUUGUCUAUUUAAGCAACGUUGUCCUUUUUGGUGCAUGUAUUGAAGGUGUUGUCCUCAGAGACAAGUUUGGAGAUGCUGUGAAAGGUAAUCUGGUGGUAGGAACCUUAUCUUGGCCAUCCCCGUGGGUGAUUGUUAUUGGCUCCUUCUUCUCCACAUGUGGGGCUGGACUUCAGAGUCUCACAGGAGCACCGAGGCUGCUACAGGCUAUAGCCAAGGAUAACAUCAUACCCUUUCUGAGGGUUUUUGGUCACAGCAAAGCCAAUGGGGAACCUACCUGGGCUUUACUUCUGACUGCUGCCAUUGCAGAACUGGGGAUCCUUAUUGCCUCCCUGGAUCUCGUGGCUCCAAUUCUUUCCAUGUUUUUUCUCAUGUGUUACCUCUUUGUGAAUUUGGCAUGUGCCUUGCAAACAUUGCUUCGAACACCCAACUGGAGACCCCGGUUCCGCUACUACCACUGGGCACUCUCUUUCAUGGGAAUGAGUAUCUGUCUGGCUCUGAUGUUCAUUUCUUCCUGGUAUUAUGCCAUCGUAGCUAUGGUAAUAGCUGGUAUGAUCUACAAAUACAUCGAGUACCAAGGAGCUGAGAAAGAAUGGGGUGAUGGUAUCCGCGGGCUGUCCCUCAGUGCAGCCCGAUUUGCUCUGCUUAGGCUGGAGGAAGGACCACCACACACUAAAAACUGGAGGCCUCAGUUGCUUGUAUUGCUGAAACUAGAUGAAGACCUACACGUCAAGCAUCCUCGUCUCCUCACCUUUGCUUCACAGCUUAAGGCAGGAAAGGGUCUCACAAUUGUGGGCUCUGUCAUCGUCGGGAACUUCCUGGAGAACUAUGGUGAAGCGUUAGCUGCUGAGCAGACCAUAAAGCAUUUAAUGGAGGCAGAGAAGGUGAAAGGAUUCUCCCAACUGGUUGUGGCCGCCAAACUGAGGGAGGGCAUUUCCCACCUCAUCCAGUCGUGUGGCCUUGGGGGCAUGAAGCACAACACAGUGGUGAUGGGAUGGCCAAAUGGCUGGCGCCAGAGUGAAGAUGCUCGAGCUUGGAAGACUUUUAUUGGCACAGUUCGAGUGACAACUGCUGCCCAUCUGGCCCUGCUGGUGGCCAAAAACAUCUCCUUCUUUCCCAGCAAUGUGGAGCAGUUUUCUGAGGGCAACAUUGAUGUGUGGUGGAUUGUACAUGAUGGGGGGAUGCUCAUGCUAUUACCAUUCCUACUGAAACAGCAUAAGGUGUGGCGAAAAUGCAGCAUACGGAUCUUCACAGUAGCCCAGCUAGAAGACAACAGUAUUCAGAUGAAGAAGGACCUGGCCACCUUCUUGUAUCACCUUCGCAUUGAGGCAGAGGUGGAAGUGGUAGAGAUGCACGACAGUGACAUAUCUGCGUACACUUACGAGCGCACCCUGAUGAUGGAGCAGAGGUCACAGAUGCUGCGGCACAUGCGCCUGUCCAAGACGGAGCGAGACCGAGAGGCACAGCUGGUGAAAGAUCGGAACUCAAUGCUACGACUGACCAGCAUUGGCUCUGACGAGGAUGACGAGACAGAGACUUAUCAGGAGAAGGUGCACAUGACGUGGACGAAAGACAAGUACAUGGCAUCUCGGGGACAAAAGGCCAAGUCAAUGGAAGGGUUCCAGGACCUGCUUAACAUGCGUCCGGACCAGUCCAAUGUGAGGCGGAUGCAUACAGCAGUGAAGCUCAAUGAGGUUAUAGUUAACAAGUCCCAUGAAGCAAAGCUGGUUUUGUUGAAUAUGCCAGGGCCACCCCGAAACCCUGAGGGUGACGAAAACUACAUGGAGUUCCUAGAAGUACUCACUGAAGGACUAGAGCGAGUCCUUCUUGUCCGAGGUGGUGGCAGUGAAGUGAUCACCAUUUAUUCAUAAUCUACUCCUGAAUGGCUCUGCUUGGCCUCACCUUCUGAAAAGGAUUCUAUCCUCCAUGGAAGUGCCAGCUCUUCAUUACCACUCCCAUCAACAAGAGACCUGUAUUCUGUAUACAUCACACUGAACUCUUAAUGAGCUGAGCCUCAAGUCCUUGUGCAAGAAAGUACACACCGAUCUGUUCUUCGCUACCAUAUGACCUGCUGUCCUUAAAGAAGUAGAUCUUCCCUCAACAUCAGAACAGUGCUCGAGGCCUGCAAGCCAUGCCUGUUCCAGAUGAAGGCAAUUUAGGAUGAACAAACUAAACCAAUAAAAUAAAUUGGUAAAAGAGAUGCUAGAAAGUCAACUGAAGUCAAAAGGCAAAUACACAAGUACACAUCUAACAUUAAAGAUGAGUCUUAGAAGUCAUGAUUCAAUGAUGACACCAUAGGGGUAACAGCCAGAGAAGGACAGCCUCAUCAUACUAAGGAAUUCAUGGCCAAGUACAUGGGGAUCUUACAUCUUUGUGUAGGUGUCUGUGGCAGGCCAAGAUGAAAAUUUUCGUCAGUGCAUCCACUGCUCUCUGGGACUCUUAAUUUUAUAUUAGGGUACUAAUAUGUAAAAACUGAAACAUGAAACUGCAGCCUCUACUUCCUCCGAAACAAGAUUCCCCCGAAAUAUGUUUAGGUACACAUACUAUAUUAUAUAUUUCGGCUGUUUUUCAAAACCCAUUCUGUGGUUAGGAUUGUAAUACAGGCACUGUUACCAUGGAAAUUGUUCUUUAGAAGGCUGGGUAAAAAUUCUUUCAGGUUCUUUUCAAAUGGACAAACUAAGGGAACUCCAAAAGGUAUCUAUCAAGAUCUGGAUAAAUACAGUCUGUAGUUACCUAUGUGAUACGGGCAAAAUACAUAAGCUAUUAUCCAGGAUAUAGAGAUGAUAAUGCAUAUUAACCAACAGAUCCUUUCCUUCUCCCUUUUAUGUCCUCUGGAUUAUGUCCUCUGGAUUAUAGGCACAGAUCAAAAAUCAUAAUAACAAACGCUAGGAAGACUGGCAAAAAUCCUUCCCUAAACCUUUGGACUGUCCUUCAAAGGGGGAAUCCAGCAGUGGAAUUUGAAGUGUAGAGCCAUACUCCUUCCAUAGUGCCAAAGUUACUGAGCUGCUGCUAUUCUUCUUACCUGCUUCACUCAAGUGGUGUAACUGGCAAUGGCCUGAUUCAAGAAACUUCUUUAAGAAACCUGUGGACUUACUCCUAAAGCCAUAGUGAAGACUUGAGGCAUGCGCCUCAGUGCUCAAAGUAUGAGCUUUUUUUUUUUUUUUUUUUUCAAUUCCUUAUUCUGACUGCAGAAACUUGGAUCUGAACUAAAAAAUUAUCCAAGUUAAGUCUUUUGCUAUUUGUUUUCAGAAAACUCAAAAUGUGUCAAGAAAAUACUUGUGCAAACUUCACUAAUUUGCUAACUUAAUGAUCACAAAACAUCUGACUUUCAAGCAUAAGGAAGCUACCCUGUGUGGCUGAGUGGUAAUUUUAUGUGAAGUCUUCAUUUAUUUUACAGGAUAGAUAGGGUAUUUCAAGAAACUAUCUUGCCUGUAUUCAUGGCUGCUUUUGAAAUUCAUUUUAUGAAUGAUAAAUAGUGCCAGUCUUUGAUUACCAGUAGGAUAUGGAGCAAGCUGCUUUGCUCCAUAGUCUGCAGACUAUUCUUACCCUUAUGGACAGAGGAGAAAAACCCUUCAAUAUGACUUAAGAAAUUUGAGUCAUUUUAAUUUAUUCCCUUUCCUCUUCUUUAAAUCUCCAAGCUUAGUCAGGUAGCAUAUUGUAAGUUUUUUUUUUUUUUUUUUCCUGCUGCUUCCUGCAGAGGGUAGAAGCAUUGUUUACAACUUCCAUUGCAACACUCCAUUGCUAAGUUGAGUCCAGCAGUAGCAGAACAAGUCCCCGAGGACCCAAGCUCUUAAUGACCCAUGCUCUAAAGUCAGCUUGCCCAGGAAUUCCUUUAUAUUUACACACACCCUCUGGCCAAAGUGAUACAUGUAUAUGUAUUUUUUUCCGUAUAGAAAAAACGUGGGCAGAAAAUAAGGUUAGUUUUUAGAAGAGCCUUUUGUGGCUGGAGCUCUGUAAGAAUCCUUUAAAGGGAUAAUGGAAUUAGUGGCUGCUAAUAUAGCCCCUAGUGCGCCCCUAAAACAAUCACUGUUACAUGGGGAAGCGGUUCUUGGGCCAGAUUUAAACUCAUCUCUGUCUAGAGCAUUUCAUGUCUACAUGUCACUUAUGUUGUCUGCAAAGCGUCUUGUCUCUUAAUCACUGCAAAUAAAGCAAUACUGAAAACUUGACAAGAGAAUGCAUCUUAGGGGAGGGGGCUAUGUGUUUUAAGCAGGAAGAAAAAGGAAAGACAUCUUCCUGCUUUUUGAAUGAGAUCCAGCUUUUAAGUCUUAGCUGUGACUUUACCAGGGCAGGUUAUGACAAUAUUCAUUUUCUAAUUGCUGGCCCUCUGUGUUGCAUAGCUAUCUUAAAACUGAAGUUUGAAUCGCAGCGUCUGUUUGACAGGUUCCCAGUUCCUCUCGGGGGGGGAAGAUCACCACUUUAUAUCUUCCGUUGCCUCCGAUUCCUGUUGCCCCAGCAAUCCUGCCAAUCCUUACUCCCCCAAACGUGUUAAAAAUCCAUUUUUGUGGAUAUUAAAGUAGUUAUUACACUGUAAGCAUUUUAUGCGCUUUUUUGGUCUGGUUUAUUUUUCUUUUCAUCAUGUAUGAUCUGAAUUCACAUCUUCCACAAGUAUCUCCAACAGAAUUUUUAUGUCCCAGCUUGUGUUAAAUAGAAGUGAAAUAUUAAGAAUAGAUUUAAGAAAAACUUGUGCAACUUUUUUUUUAGUAUUGUUCUCAACCAUUUAAUUUAUUAAAAGGAGAUGCUGCUGUGGUUCUUGAUUUAACAACAACCAUUCUUUUGUUUACAUAGUCAUGGUUUUAUUUGUUGUUUUGCUCUAUAUUGGAAACAUAAAUAAAGUUUUCUACCUUAUUUUCAGUCAA